UCCGCUCAGCCUCCUUCUCUCGUUUCCGAAACCGCACAAACAGGAGACGACAGUGUAACCAGGUGCUGUGAUCCAAACUACAGAGCUAAGCGUAGCUUUUUGUCAACUAUCGUGUUUAUAAUGCAUCUACUUUUGUGUAAAGAAGGUCGGGCAAGUAUUUUGCAACCAUUGUCCGUUCAAUGUCACAUGGACGACGGGCUGCAUAGAUGGAAAUCAGUCAUUUGGAGCGUGUGGAGCGAUUUGUAGUGAAGAUCUCUUGAUGGAGCCAAGACAAAGAGGGGAAUCUGUAGUCCACCACCUUCCUCUUCUAAAAGACUUAAUAGAAGUACAAUCGAAUGGAGGGGCCUAUUUUUUUCUGCACUCUUUAUUUGACCUUCUUGUAACAUAAAGACUCCGAUAAUUUAGGAAAAUUUGUCUUUUGUUCGCAUCAUAAUGUUCAUAUUAAGAAGACUGCUCUGCCUCCAAAUUUGAUGUCUGAGGUUGCCUAUACAUUGCAUGGUACAACUGUCACUUGUAUUUUGUAUUGUUGUACUGAAGCUUUGUAGUCACAAUGCGAAUCAGUUUCUGUCAGGCUCUGCUAACGGGAGCCAUUGUGCUGAACUUAUUGAUUUUGUAUUUUGUAUCACGGGCGCAACAGCAGAUGAUGGAGAAGCGGCGCACACAAGGAAAAGGCCUCAAGAAAAUGUCUCUAUCUGUUUCUGGCCUGGGGGUUGCUGGGGGGGCAGUGGUAGGAAGUAUGGUAGGGGCAAACAAAGUUGGAGGCUUGGUGGGUGGUAUGCGGAGUCCUCGUAUGACUGUGCUCCUACGUGAGUUUGAAGACUUUGAGAACUAUGUGGGUGACGUGGCCCGCUCGUUCUUGCGCCAGAGAGCAGAGGUGCCAUUCAUGGUUGUGGCAGACACACUGCCUUACCCUCCCCUGGCUCUGCCCGAGAAUGCCCGUUUGUUGGUGCUGUCCCCCAGCCCAGAACAGCCUCCUCAAACACACCGGCCAGAAUUCUAUGUGCAGACUGAGUUUAUGCUGUUGGUACCUGAUGGCGUGGAGUUGGAGCAUGGGCGGCAGCUUGAGAGGCUAAUCCGGGAACUGGAGGGCGAGGGAGGGGGGCCAGUACGGCUGGUUGCAGCCCCAGUGCUGACCCGUGCUGCUGUCCACUGCCUGCACCUGCAGGUGAGCCUAAAGGAAUGGACAGCAACAUACUCCCUUGGGGCAUCGGGGAGCAGCGGCAGUGUGUGCACUGCCCUGCAUGGUGAUGCUGUAGUCCUCAUUCGCACUGAAGAUCUUUUCAACCUUUCAGUCCCUUUAGCACGCCCUCUGCUGUCUGCACUGUUUAUACAGACUGCACUGCGAGGCUGGAAGGUCAAGCUGUUAGAGGGCCUAUCAUUCUCUGCUGGCCACCGUCCAUUGUUUACCUCAGCACACAACCAGUGGAAGGCAGACAGUCAUCUCAAGGAGGCUACCAGCCAACUCAUGCGGAGCUUUGGCCUCAAACACUUGGUCUGGCCUGAUGGAAGGGACCAAUGGUUUGGCUGCUCAAAAGAGACAGCACGAUGCUUUGGCACAGUGCAUGACGACACACCAGAGUACCUCUAUCUGGAGCGUUGGACCCCACCAUGUUGCUUGCGUGCCCUUAGAGAAACUACAAAAUAUGUCAUCAACAUUUUGGAAAGCUCUGGUGUGCGUUACUGGCUGGAAGGAGGCAGUCUUUUGGGAGCUGCCAGACAUCAAGAUAUCAUCCCUUGGGACUAUGAUGUUGAUUUGGGCAUCUACCAGGAGGAUGUGCCCAAUUGUGAAUACCUGAAGAACUUGGACUCAGGAUCGUUGGUGGAUGCUAAUGGUUAUGUGUGGGAAAAGGCAGUAGAGGGAGACUUUUACCGUAUCCAGUACAGUGAGGCCAACCACUUGCAUGUGGAUCUGUGGCCAUUCUACUCCCGGAAUGGAGUUAUGACCAAGGACACAUGGACUGAGCACAAGCAGGAUGUGGAGUUCCCUGAGCACUUCCUGCAACCUCUGGUGCCCAUGCCAUUUGCAGGCAUCACCGCCUAUGGACCCAACAACCAUCGUGCCUUCCUGGAACUGAAAUUUGGGGAGGGAGUGAUUGAGAAUCCUCAGUAUCCCAACCCUGCAAAGAAAAAGCUGGGUAGAAAUCAAUUGUGAGGUCACAAUCGUUGUUCUUUAUUUAUGUGUUGUUAAGCUGUGAACUUAUAAGAACAGUUUUGAAGACUGUUGAGACUUUAAAUUUGAAGGCCAUCUCUGAGUAUUUACUAGUCAUAAAGAGGUACCAUUAUCUCACUCUAGCACAGUAGUUCCCAAUCCAGUCCUCAGCCCCCUCCACCCUCUCCACCCCCCCCCCCCCCCCCCACACCCGACAGUCCACAUCUGGGAGGUUCUGGCAACAGAGUUGGAAGCCACUGCAUGGCCAUUGGGAAGUUCCAGAGAAUUAUUUCUCCAAGCAGAAGAAAUUUUUAUUUUCACAUUGGUCAAGUAUGUACAAAAUGCUGGAAAUAUGUUGCUAGUCAUUAGUGCACUGAAUGUUUUUAUAAGCAUCUCAAAACAGUUACCUUACUGCUCAUGAUAUAACAAAUCCAAUGAUGCAUUCUGUAACUGUAACUUUGACAUAAAUAAACUGUGGUAGCAGUAGAAA